AUGACCGCCCUACAAGAUGUUAUUGAUCAGCUUUCCAAUGCUUUUUCAUCCUCACCUAGUCUAUUCAUUGGUGCAUUGAUUGCAUUCUAUCUUGUUAGCUCGUCCGUAUACUCAUGGUAUCGGCUUCGGCACAUUCCAGGACCAUGGUUUGCGUCUUGGUCAUACCUAUGGAUGUUCCGCCAGGGCCUAAACUUCCGUCAAGGUAUCAUCUACCGAGGCAUCACCGACAAGUACGGCCACCUGGCGCGCGUAGGUCCCAACGACCUCAUAACCGACGAUCCAGACGUGAUCCGACGCAUGAGCGCCGCGCGAUCGCUCUACGGACGGUCCGACUGGUACCAAGCGAUCAGAAUGAACCCCCACCAAGACAGCCUGUUUAGCAUGCAAGACACGACGGCCCACGACAAGCUCAAGGCACAGCUCUCGUUUGGCUACGGCGGUAAAGAGAACCCGACCAUUGAGGACGGCGUGGAUGAGCAGAUCCAGGCUAUGCACGCCCUCAUUCGGCGCAAAUACCUCUCGGCCCCUCCCACGGCGGGGGACAUUGCCUGCCGCCCCCUCGACCUUGCCGUCAUCUUGCAGUACUUUACCCUCGACUCGCUCACCCGCAUCGCCUAUGGCGAAGCCUUUGGGUACCUCAAGACCGACUCUGAUGUCCACGACUAUAUCAAGACGUCCGAGGACUACGUUCCCAUCAUCGUCAUGUGUGCUGAGAUUCCAUUUCUGAGGCACCUGUUUAUGAACAAGACGCUUCUCGCGUGGAUAGGACCCAAGGCAACUGACAAGAAAGGCAUCGGGAAGCUAGUAGGUGUAGCAAGAGACAUUGUCAACAAGCGGAUGAAGUCAGAAGCAGAGGACCAACGGGAUAUGCUUGGCUCAUUCAUCCGGCACGGCGUCGGUCGUGACAAGCUCGAGGGAGAGAUCCCGUUCCAGAUCAUUGCCGGCUCCGACACGACGGCCACGGCGCUGCGCGGCACCAUGCUCAGCCUCAUGACGACGCCGUACGCCUAUCAGACGCUGCAAAGAGAGAUUGACGACGCUGUUGCGCGGGGUGCCAUUUCCAGCAUUGCCAAGGCCGAGGAAGGAAAGCCAUUGACGUACCUUCAGGCCGUCAUCUAUGAGGGUCUACGAAUGCAUGUUCCCUUUACAGGUCUUUCCAUGAAGCAAGUUCCGCCUCAGGGCGACACGAUCCUCGGUCACUUUGUUCCAGGCGGCACCAGGAUAGGUCACAGCUUCAUUGGCGUGGAGCGGUCGAAGGAAAUCUUCGGCCAUGACGUCGAUGUCUUCAAGCCAGAGCGCUGGCUAGGCAUUGAUCCCGACAAGAAGCGCGAGAUGGCCCAGGUCGUCGAGCUCGUCUUUGGCCACGGGCGAUGGGGAUGUGCGGGCAAGCCCGUCGCACUCAUGGAGCUCAACAAGAUAUAUAUCGAGUUGCUCCGACACUAUGACUUUCAACUUAUUGACCCGAACAAGCCGAUGCGUAUCAUGAACUGCAAUAUCUACUUUGCCAGUGACCUGUGGGUACGAGUCACGGAGCGCUCUAAAUAG